AUGGAGCAGAACAUUUUCGACGUAUCGGAUGACAUUUCGUUUCCGUGGUUACCGGCGUACGCCGAGGCAACGGAGGCGAACCCACUCAACAGCGCCAGCAGCCGGAUGCUGGAAACGAUCGUCGAGGAAACCUCCGACGAUGACGACGGGCGUGAUAAGGAGCAAAGCCAUGGGCAGCAACCACUCAGCUGGUCCCAGUACGAUCAGGUCUGGAGCUCCGGUGGCUCGGAUGCGGAAUCGGUGAUACGCGUCGAAACACCUUCCGAUCAAGACACAAUGUCGGAGCGCGAUUUCAUCUGUCCUCCGAAGCGACGGAAGCAGGAGACAGCGUUCGGUGACGAGUUCCUUUCUUCCGAUCUAUCCGCCAUCUACGGAAGACGGCCGCGCAUUUGCGAACCGGACGGGCUGGAUGGGAAUGAAUAUUUCAUGAAACGACACAAUGAACAAAGGUUGCGAUUCGAUGAGAUUGGACAUGAUCUAUUUACCGACUCGGAUAGUCUAUCGUACGCGUCGCUGAGCCGUUCGUCGUCACUGAUCCAGUUCGAGUCGUUGGAACGCCAGCUACAGAAUGAGACGACGGUGAACCAGCAUCCACUGUCGGGAUCUUCGCCGUCGCUGUACACAACCGAACCCAUUGGGCAUGGUGGAGAACUAGCGGGCCCUGGUGGCGUAUCAUCGAUCGCCCGCGCCACAGAUGCUCUAACAGGGUACGGUUACGGACCGGGUGGUUCAGCCCGCACGAAACCAGUCGGUGUGCCAACUGGGCCGGGUGGACCAGCCAGUAAUCUGCUGACGACGACGAACCUCAUUCAGAAGAGCAUCGCUCAGACGGCGCUGAAUAUUAGCGAUUCCGAGCUGUACUCGACGUCCUCCAGUGUGAGCAGCACCGGGAGCUGUAGUGGACCGGAUAGUAGCAGCAACGCGAGCACUGGCAAUAGCAGCAGUAGCAGCAGUAGCAGCAGCACGGCCAGCAGCAGAAGUAGCGGUUUCCGUUACACCGACGGUGGUGCAGGCAUUCAGGGCACGAACGAUCGUUUGGAGCGAUCUCCUCGUGGUGUAGGAGGCACCACAACCCCAGAAGACACCGGUGACACCGAAGAGGAGCUACUCAGCGCCACAGUCCGGUGUCAUUCAACGCGUUGUUCCGAACGGCAACGGCACGGUGGUCGAGGCAUUUCCACACGCAACAAGAACUCGAUCGAGAGCCUCAGCGAGGACAGUGGGUACUGUGAUCACCUGCAACACGGUAGCGGCGGUAGCAUGAGCAGUGGUGGAGGACUACGAGCGCGCUCAAAAAGUCUGACCAACUUCGGUUCAGCCGAAAACAUCACGUUCACGUGUGGCAACGGUGGUGGGAUGUUUCCGUCAACACUGCUGCCUGUUUCGGGAUCGCUAGCGAUGACGCCACAGCAACCGGCUCAGCAACACCACGAGCAGCAACAACCGCUCAGUUUGGAUUGCAUCGUGAUGGAACCGCGCCACGUGGCGUACCACGAGAACCGCUUGUCGACGGUGUGUGACGUCGAUGAAGAGGAAGAAGAGGAAGCCGAGGUUGAAGAGGAGGAAGAGGAGGAGGUGUUUGACGAUGGAUGCCGUGUGGCCAACUGCAUCAUGCCCCCGGUUGUCGUAGUGACAACAAUCGAUCGGCAACAUCCGCCUGAACCGCGAACCGACCGGUGGACGAAUAUUAAUAAUGGUACAAAAAUAGCGCCCCACAGCGGCAGCUCGUGUAAACAACGCCCAAACGAGGGUGGCCCCGGGUUGGGCACGGUGACAUCGAUGGCGUCGUCGUCGCGUUCGCAGGAUAAAAAUAGCCCGGUUAACGGACGGCGUGCUCGGAUGCGACCGGUGCUGUCCCUUAGCGCACCCGAUCUGCUCUUCGGAGCGGAUCGUCACCGGCGGUCACGGCGACACACGGCCACUCGGGUCGCGUCCACAUCCGCGGGUAGCGUCGAGCCGUACGAUCCGAUCAGUUUCACGGUGUCCAGCGUGCCGGAGUGUUUGAACGUGUACGGUGGUUUGCUGUCGGCUCGAUCACCACACGGUUCGCUCGACAGUGUCGGCGCGUCUAGUGACCGGAAGGAGUUUCUGCGGCACGGUCUCGAGUACGGGUACGGUGGUGCACGCGGGGAAUCGGUCGCGAGCAAGAACUUUAACCUGUACGACCUACAGCAGCAGUGGCCACAUCAUCCGCAACCGGUCGCACCGGUGAAGUGCAGCAAAACGGUGACGUUCCAAACGAGCGCGGGUAGUAUCGCCAGUCCGGCUCGGCCGAAGCAGAACAUUCGCGCUAGCUACCGGAAUCUAACCGCACUUAACUACAGUGACGACGAGGAGGACGAUCCGGUGUUUGGUGGCCGGCGAGGGCAUGAGUACUAUUUGAGCCGCAACACGUUCCGAACGAGUAGUGGCACGAGGCUUGGUGGAGGUGGGCGUACGACUCACACGGUCCCUACACGCACGACUCUUUUGGCGGUGCCGAUGGAACACGGUCGAGGGUUUGGUGGGGUGAAUUCCCUGUCGACAAGCAAGGAUAUGGUGACGGCUGUCGUCGAGGAAGAGCUGGCUGGUGAGGACGAAGAGGAAAGCAGCAUCUUCCCGGUGGAUCGCGAUGAGAAAAGUGUGUUCAACUCGCUGCUGGAAGAGAUGUCGGCGCACUUUGACCGCAAUCUGUCGAUCAUCAACGAUCAGGCGGAGGCGUACGAACCGAUCGCGGCUUUCCUGCACGAGCAGAGGUCCACGACCGGGUCUUCCGGUGCGCGGUUACACCCCACGUUGGCGGCAGUGGCACCUCCACAAGCCCCACCACGACGUACCCAGAUCAAAACCAACCCACACCAUCCUCAGCAGACCGCGGGAAGUCCCUCGGUGGUGAAGGUGACAGCACCCUCGUUAGGAGCGCCCUCACAACCGGAAGCAGCCCACCGACGAGCUACUUUCGAUCAGGAUCCAACCAACUUGGUCACCUGUUAUGCGGCCAGCCUCGAGCGGUGUACGUUCGAUCCGACCGAAUCGUCAACCAUCAGCCUUGGUCCGGCGAGCGAGUCGCAUACUGAUGAUCACAUCGUUUUACCCCGGUACGUGCCAGUUCCGGUGAAGCGUGAGUUUGUGGCGAGUACGCCAAACCUGCACUACUACCACGGUGCGCCGAAUGGUGACGUAGGUGGUGAGGAUGCGCGGCUCGAUCACCACAACUCACUGCGGAAUGUAUCGUCCUGUCGAUCGACCGGUAGCAUCCUUGCGACAGCAUCCAGCUCACGGUGUGGCCUUUCAAAGGGCGUUAGUUUCUGUCCGAUCGUGUCGGAGAUUAUCUGGAAGAGCACAGGUAGCUCCGAUCUGGAUCCGGAUGACAAUGGGAGCAUUAUAUCGAACCAGGACUUCGAAAUCGACAUCGACGAAGAUGAUUUCGAGGUGGACGAUCUCGAUCACGCAAAUUUGUUGACGCAAACGAACACCAUCAUCAAUUCGAGCAGUGGCGACAUCGAGCAGAUCGAGCGCAUCGAGCAGAUGGCUGCGUGCAGCGUUGAGGCAACGUACGCAGCCACCCCUUCGGGUGAUGAUCGUGUGCGGCGAGGAGGACAGCAACAGCGCAACGAUGUGUGCGAGCGAGACCACACGAACGGUGGGGUCGACGCGGACCGAUCGCAGUCACACGCAGCCAUUUUCGCGAUGAUCAGAGAAGACGACGGUUGUGCGAGCGCGCUGCAGCAUCCGACGCUUGGUUUGAGCAACGGUGCUGUCGAGUUGAACACGGUGAACGGCGGUGUUGGUGCGGGUGUAAUUAUCACGUCCACGUCGAGUGACGUCCUGGCAGAGGGUGAUCCUUACAGUGAUAAAGUACCCGCUAGCGGUGGUGGUGUUGGUGUAUACGAUCAGCCAGGACUUGCUCCUAGCGGCAGGAUGAGUGAUCACAGUUUCGUUGGUGGUGGUGGUAAUGGUGGUGUGGAUGAGCGUAGAAAUGGUGGCAAUGGUGCGAUGGCGAGCAAACAGCUAAUUACUAGUGAACAAACGCGUAUUACAAGCAGUGAUGAGAUGCAGCACGGUUUCAGAGCCACGGCAGCUACGCUGCCACCCCAGUACAGCAACAACAACAGCAGCUUGAUAAAGAACUUCAAAAACGGCAAAGCAGAGAAGAAGGGCAAAACCUUCCUGUCGCGCAUUUCGUCCGGUUUUCGGUUUUCGUUCCGCAACAAAUCCAAAAAGGGCGCUGGCGUUGGAGGAGUAGGCACUCUGAAGGAGUCUCCCGGUUACGGUUCCGCGGUUACGGUCAAUAACAACAACAACAUCAACACGAAAGCCACCAGAGGCGGUUCGUCGUCGGCAAGCGGCAACGAUAGCGCAUCAGCCGACUUCAUCUACAUCCCGCUGAAGGACCCACGCAAGCCAGUCCGCCCAGAUGAAACUCCAGCUUAUCUGCAGCGCCAGAGAAGCGCUGCCGGUGUGACGGUCGAUGACAGCUUCACCGGUGCGGAGGACGAACCGGACGACUGCGAGAUUGCGGUAACGCGACCAGGCGGAUACUACCGGUCCGACUCGAGCACGGCACUCAGUGGGGAUGGAACCGGAUCGGGUGGCAACCACGUGUUGAGCUCCAAGCCACCGCUGCCGAAACAACCCCCACGGGUUGUCGGUGUGUGUGCGAAACGUUCCAGCGCCUCUCCGGCUUCGCUGAAGCACGGACAUGCGCAACGAGCCUCCGCGACGCCACCGAGGGACUCCGAGCACGUCGACGAACUCGACGCCUCGACCACGUCGUCCUUUUACCAGCGCCGUAGCCCAUCGCGCCCUACCGAGCACCAGUACGUGGCCAACGGUAGCCACGGUAGUUCGUACGGUGGCGCGGACACGCACAGCAUCGAAGGAUCGCUGCGGGUCGAUUACGGUGACGAGGACGAGUACUAUUACGGUACCGGUGGCGACGGACACCCGCAUCGGGGCAGCAUCAUGGGCAGCGAGCAGAAGAUUGGGCUCAUCGAGACCAACCUAGACACGCACGAGACCGUCAUCUCGGGCAAGACGCGCUCGCUGAUGGAGCUUGGCGGAGGUCAGGCCUAUCGAGGCUACCAUCAGCACUAUCAGCAACACCUGCAGCAGCACCAACAGCCACAUCAACAGCAGGCACGUGGUGGACUUCCACCCCACGGACACCAGCUGCAAGUGCACGAUCCCAGCCAGCGAGCCGCGAACGGCAUCAAGGAUCACCUGCAUCAUCGGCAGGCGGCGGGUGGUGAGCAUGGUGCGGGCGGUUCCGGACGACCCCACAAAAGCAUGGAGUUCCUGUUGGACAAGGAGAACCAACGUAACGUUCUGCCUCCGGAAAAUGAGCUGCAAAAGUCACACGAGACGGGCACGAACCUAAGCGAGCAUCAGCUCCGCGUACAGGCCUCGUUACAACGGUUGAACAUCCCCGACUGGUACAAGCAAUACUCCGGCAAAGAUGGGCCAGCAAACACAACCGCACCGGUCACGAACAGCGCCACCGGACCCGCCGGUGGUAUCCUGCGAAAGCGAAACAGCGACGUUGGACGCUGGACCGGGCUGAGCUCGAAGACCACUUCGCUCAGCUCACUCGGGUCGCACCGGUCGGACCGUAGUCCAGUGAUGCUGAGUCCGUCCGCACACAGCCACCACGGUCAGACCGGAUUUUCCCGGUGGUCCACGUCCCACCUGAACUCGAACCAAACGUCGCCGAGCGUCUCGACGCGGGGCUCGUUCACGCGCGGUGGCCUCAAUGCGAGCGUCAUUUCCGGCUACUCGACUGCUUCCACCACGGCCGGCACCGGUGCCAACAGUAGUAGUACGAUAAGGAACUCCUUCCGACAGCCUUACUUGGGCUGGAGAAGCCAGGAGAAGCUGUCCCAGCCACGGACGCCGGCAGAACGGCUGGCGUCGACAUUGCUUCAGCAGCAGGGCACGAGUAAGCAGCAGAAGGAUUCACAAAAGGGCAAGCAACCCGAGAAGGAUGAGUCGGUCGUGACGCCGGAAAUCCAAUCAUCAAUCAUAGAAGUAACGUCAGCGAUUGUACAUUAUGUAAAUGACCAAACAAAUCGACACUCACGCAGUAGAUCUACUAGUCCAAGCCAAAGAUGUUGGCUAGAAAGUUCGUUUGUUGGUACUCGGCCACUCGAUUCCCCGCAAACGCCGCUGAUCGAGAAUAGUUCCGUUCUAGGAUCCGGCCACCAGCAGCAACAGCAGCAGCCGCAAACGGCCGGUGAUCACUAUCGGUUUAACGCCGGCCGGAUGAACGGCGUCGGGUCGACCGGUGCGGCCGUUCCGACGUUCUCGCUUCCACCCGAGCAUCAGUCGCCCGGAUCGGCCACCCUCGAGGAUGUGCUAGCCUCGUUGCUCGGCUUGCCGGCCGAUUCCCACAGGUCCUCAGGUACGAACCUCAACAACACUAACCACACGCUUCAGAUCGAACCGACGCAGGCGAGACGUCGCAGCGAAGGUGAUGCAGCUGGUACACGCAAACGCCACGACAGCGGAGGUUCAGGUGCCAUCAGCAGCAGCAGUACAACACCGACGACAACCACGACAACAACGAGCGGUGGAAGUGGCGGCCGUAGUCCUCGACCAUCAGGCGCUGCCACUGGGGACACACUGGACGCUCGCAUAGCACGUCGUGUAUCGCUGGAUUCCGCCGAAACCACCGGACAGGGUGGACAACACCUGCUGCGAUGCAGAUACCCACGGUGUGACGCAACCGCGACGCUGGCUGAAGCCCGCAGGACCUACAAGAGCUGCCACAACUGCUCCCAUCUGUACUGUUCGCGCGAGUGCCGCCGGGCGCACUGGGAGCGCCACCGGAAGGCUUGCCUGCACUCGCGGGUGUCCGCCCUCUGCCGGUUGGUGUUGUCCACCUGCAAGGACGACGCGGACACGCUGCGGCACCUGAGUGCGCUCGCGCGCCGGGGCUACCUGUCGCAGGGGCGAGGUGUUGUUAGAAUUCUGUUCCGCAGCCCGGAGAGUGCCGACGGCUUUAUCAAGCAGGGCUUCCAGUGCCUGGGCGAGGUGUCGUACGUGCGCUGGCCGGAUUUGCUGCCGGCUGAGAUGGGCCCGGAGCUGUACUCGGAGCUGCUCAAGCUUAGCACGGAGUAUAAGCCCGAUUCGAAGAUGCUGCUGUAUGUCGCGAUUUGUGUCGUGUCGGAGGCACCGGGUAGUGCGACGGCUCCGGUACGGUGGGAACGCCAGCUCGUGUCCCGGUGUGCGAAGUUGAAGCUGUGCCGUUCGGUUGCGAAUGAGAUUGCGACUGGACCGGGCGAGCGGGCAACACCCCGACCGGAUGCUGAUGGGGAUGUGCUCGUCCUGGCGUUUCAUAUUCUGUCGAAAACGACGCCACGUGCACGGGAGCAGGUGUCGGCAAACGUGCAGACCGUUUUGCGCCAGCGUGGUGUUAAUCUGCGUAAGCACUACCCGGAGGUAGCUCAACGGUUGGCUGCCUUUGUGGAGGGUAGCACGGAUCGAUUUUUGCCGGUUACGUUGCAUCCAAGGGAUGCCGCCACUGGGCGAGCGUUUGUGUGCAUCAUUAUGCCGAAUUACGGUGAUCCGGAUCGGGUGCAGUUUCCGGUGUCGGAGAAUAGUGAUGAUCGUGUCGUGACGAUUGAUGUUGGAGCUGAUCUUGGGGAUGAUCUCACGAGCAAGUUGUAA